GUAGACACGCUCGUAAUAUCGUAGUAGAUACUAUAGCUCAACAAAAACAGCGGGAAUUACAAGAAAAGCAAUCUAAAAAAAAAGAAAGAAUAAUGAAACUACAAAUGAUAGAAAAGGCAAAAAUCAAAAAAUUAUAA